CUCCGGCGUUCGCAGGCGGCGGCGGGCGGCGGAGCUUCUUGCUCCGGCAGCGGCAGCGGCAGCGGCAGCGACAGCGGCGGCGGCUUCCGGAGUCCCGCCGCGAAGAUGCUCAAAGUCACGGUGCCCUCGUGCUCGGCCUCGUCCUGUUCUUCGGUCACCGCCAGUGUGGCCCCAGGGGCCGGGACCCUCGUCCCGGAUUACUGGAUCGACGGCUCCAACAGGGAUGCUUUGAGCGAUUUCUUCGAGGUGGAGUCGGAACUGGGACGGGGAGCUACAUCCAUUGUGUACAGAUGCAAACAGAAGGGGACCCAGAAGCCUUAUGCUCUCAAAGUGUUAAAGAAAACAGUGGACAAAAAAAUCGUAAGAACUGAAAUAGGAGUUCUUCUUCGCCUCUCACAUCCAAACAUUAUAAAACUUAAAGAGAUAUUUGAAACCCCUACAGAAAUCAGUCUGGUCCUAGAACUUGUCACAGGAGGAGAACUGUUUGACAGGAUUGUAGAAAAAGGAUAUUAUAGUGAACGAGAUGCUGCAGAUGCUGUUAAACAAAUCCUGGAGGCAGUUGCUUACCUACAUGAAAAUGGGAUUGUCCAUCGUGAUCUCAAACCAGAGAACCUUCUCUAUGCAACUCCAGCCCCAGAUGCACCGCUCAAAAUUGCUGAUUUUGGACUCUCUAAAAUUGUGGAACACCAAGUGCUCAUGAAGACAGUAUGUGGAACCCCAGGGUACUGCGCACCUGAAAUUCUUAGAGGCUGUGCCUAUGGACCUGAGGUGGACAUGUGGUCUGUAGGAGUAAUCACCUACAUCUUACUUUGUGGAUUCGAACCAUUCUAUGAUGAAAGAGGCGAUCAAUUCAUGUUCAGGAGAAUUCUGAAUUGUGAAUAUUACUUUAUCUCCCCCUGGUGGGAUGAAGUAUCUCUAAACGCCAAGGACUUGGUCAAAAAAUUAAUUGUUUUGGAUCCUAAGAAACGGCUGACUACCUUCCAAGCUCUCCAGCACCCGUGGGUCACAGGUAAAGCAGCCAAUUUUGUACACAUGGAUACUGCUCAGAAGAAGCUCCAAGAAUUCAAUGCCCGGCGCAAGCUUAAGGCAGCAGUGAAGGCCGUGGUGGCCUCCUCCCGGUUGGGAAGCGCCAGCAGUAGCCACGGCAGCAUCCAAGAGAGCCAAAAGGCCAGCCAAGAGCCAUCUCCAAUCCAAGAUGGCAAUGAAGGUGUUAAAGCUUUUCCAGAAGGAGAGAAAGUUCAAGUAGAUGUGGCUCAAGUGGCAGUUGAGACGGCAAAGGCUGAGCCAAUGAAGGUGCAGGAGGUAGAGGAAGUUAAAGAUGCUGCUAUAAAUGCUGCCGAUGCCACCAAGAUGGUGCCCGAGGCACUAGAGGAUGGGAUAAAGGUGGCCGACCCGGAAAUAGAAGAGGGCUCAGCGGAGGAGAAGCUGAAGACUGAGGAAGCCUCCAAAGAAGGGCAAGAAAACCCUGCUCUGGGAAUUGUUGCUCAGCAGAAUGACAUGAUCCUGCCAGAGUACUAAAUUGGCUAGCUUCCAAUCUGGAAGCCAAAUCCUGGCACUUUAUGCAUUUUGUCCUUCAGCAAGGAAGGUGUGGAAGCAUGAUAUGCACUAUAGUGAUUCUGUUUUUGAGGUGCAAAAAAAUACAUAUGUAUCAGUUGGUAAUCCUAACUUCAAUGCAUGUGACUGCUUUAUGAAAAAAUAGUGUAUUCUGUGGUAUGUAAUGGAUACCUAAUACUGAUGAGUUAAAUUUGAAAUUGCAAGUAAACAAAACACGACUUUUAAAAACAUGCAUUUUCAGGGACCAGUAGCACACAUUUGAAGUAAAUAGUAACAAAUCGUUUUUGCUUUGAAAACCUAGCCAUCCCGUACCCUUUGGAUUUCUUCUCAAAGGGAGUCAUCCCUUUGGAUUAUUGCUCAGCUCGUACUAAGUAGUGUCCUAAGAUGUGUUCCUCUGACAUUCACAUUUUACUUUUCAUCAAUGUGUUCAAAUUGUUUACAAGGAGACAGUUAUAGGUUAUAGUUGUAUGGUAUGUGCAAAAAAAAUUCCACAAUGGUAGGAAUUGAAGCAUACUUGAAGGGCCAUAAGACCAUAUGCCCC